ACGAGCAACAUUCAAAGAUCCGAGAAUUCGAAACGUGGAAAAGUGGUGAAGAGUGAACCUGGGACUUAAACUGGGCGUGAAAGAAAUGAAGCCCCCAACCCGAGUUCCAUUGGCUGUGGGCCAGCUCGCACAUAAUAGUUGUUCAAAGGUCCGUGUGUCUGGAAUGUGAGGACAGGAUGGUUCAGAGGAAAAUGAAAGUAGGACAAACUUUCAGGCUGAAUGCAAGCAAAAGCGGCGCUACUUUGGAACUAAAUGUUUGCAAUUUGGUCGGAUGCAAUUGCUAUUGAACCUGAGGGUUGCGGUGGAAGCCAGGCCAGCCCUUACCUGGUCACUUGUGCCCCCGAGCCCGCUUCACAUGGCGCUGGGGCCUCGCUGCACGGGCGGCGCUGCUUAGUUUAGGCUGCCAUGUCUAGGAAGCGCCUCCUCUGCCUGUCCUCAUAACGCUGAGGCGGGACAAUACCUUCCCCUGUGACGCCACUAGCCAAGCCGGCCAGCUUGCUCCCCAGACAAGCUCAGGGAUCAUCGGUUUAACCUGUCCCCUGCAAGCAACAACAAUCCGGCCUGCAAGGCAGGGUGACCGGCCACUCACUUCCCUUAUUCGCAUCAGUCGCCUCCUGCAGAAUGUGAGCCACUUCCGGGUUUCAAAGUCAGCAAGAUCACCAUGGCUCAGACUGUGCUGGGACAGCUCCUGUUCGCUUGCUGCGUUUUGCCCGCACUGCACUCAUUCGACCUAAACCAGAGACCCAUCAUCGGCAUAUUGGUCCAGGAAACAUUUGACCCAAAUCUUCUUCCAUAUGGGAAAUAUUACAUUGCUGCACCCUACGUGAAAUAUCUGGAGUCUGCUGGCUGCAGAGUGGUACCAGUCAGGUUGAAUCUGACAAAUGACGAAUAUGAAAAGAUUUUUUCUUCAAUAAAUGGCAUCCUCUUUCCUGGUGGAUCAUCUGAUGUGAAGACAUCUGCCUUUGCCAAAGCUGCAAAAACAUUUUACAACCUCGCAUUAAAGGCAUUUGAUGCUGGUGAUUAUUUUCCAAUAUGGGGAACCUGCCUUGGAAUGCAGUUGCUGACUGUGUUUACUGCUGGGAAGAACUUACUAAUAAAUACUGACACAGAAAACAUUGCUCUCCCACUUAACCUGACUAAUGCUGCAGAAUCAAGUAAAAUGUUUCAGAAAUUUCCUCCAGAUGUGUUCGGAGCUUUAUCCCAUGAAGCACUGACUGGGAACUUCCAUCAUUUUUCUCUUUCUGUGAAGGAUUUUCUGCAAAAUGAAGAACUAAGGAAAUUCUAUUCAAUUCUGUCCACUAAUUAUGACAGAAAGGGUGUACGGUUUGUGUCGACUAUGGAGGGUAUCCAAUAUCCUUUCUAUGGAGUCCAGUGGCAUCCAGAGGUUAAUCGAUUUCAGUGGCAGCAACAUGUAGCUUUCCCACAUUCUCCGAAUGCUGUUCAAGUCUCCUAUCUGCUGUCUGACUUUUUUGUGAAUGAAGCCCGGAAGAACUUCCAUCAUUUUUCAAACCUGAAGGAAGAGGAGGCAGCUCUGAUCUAUAACUACAGUCCACGCUAUGUGCCUACAUCCAGCUACAUCCAAGUCUAUUUUUUUUAAAGAAAUUUUGUGAAUUAUCCACAAAUUAAAUUUGAGCAGAAAACGUAAUAUUCCCACUUCAAAAUCAUACAUAGCUGCUUGGAGAGAAAGAAGCAAUCUAACUAUCAACUGUAACCAAAAGGACAGUUUAAAGUUUGGACUCUCAUUGCACUACCCAGGUACUGGGGGGAAAAAUAUUAAUUUGGCAUUUAAUCAGUUGAUAAGUUAGCCACUUGUUCUUUGUAUAAUUUUCAGAUUAACUUUCAUUACCCUGUUAUCCUGGAUUCAGUAUUCAGCUUGUUCUAUUUUCCAUUCUACUGCAGUUAAAAUAUUAUGAUAUCAAAAUUGCUUCACUGGUGGUCAAGUGAUUGAAGGUGUUUGUGACAACCACGACCAGAGGCAUUUAUUUUAUAUCAACAGUGCAGAUUGCAUCAUUUCUACAAUGUCUGACUAAACUGCUUCAAUAAACAUUCU